GGUGCGGGGCCCGCGCAGGCGCCCGCGGGCGGGAGCGGCGCGGGAGCGGUGCCGGAGGCACAUCUGCUGCCAUGGUGAAUGAGAAGCACAGUGGCAACCUGCUUGUGCAGCUGGGACCCAAACUGCAGGCCUACCCGGAGAAGCUGCUCCAGCAGCGGCGAGGCCGCGAUGGCCAGCCCGAAUACCUGAUCCAAUGGAGUGUGAUUAGGUUGGAAGAGAGAGCAGUGGGAGCCAGCAGUGCCUCCUCUGCAGAGACCAAGCCAGAGAACAUCUCAAUGUGGAUGUCUGCAGAAGAGGUCUGUGCCAGCUGCCCAGCUCUGCUGGGCAAGAGGAAGCUGGAAGGGCGGUGGGUGAAAGAGGAGAAGGCGCCCAGCCCGUUGGCUGCAGAUGUCCCGCUGGACGAAGCCUCGCUGCUGGAGAUGAAGGCCGAUGUCAGGAGCCUGGUGCAGCGAGCCGAGCGGCAGGUGGCCGAGGCCGGGACGCCCGAGUGCUCCAUCCUGAGCACUGUGCACGUGCUGAGCGCCUACGCCAGCAUUGGCUCUCUGGUGGGUGCCUUCAGGGAGACGGGAGCCCUGGACGUGCUGAUGAAGAUGCUGUGCCACAGGGAGAAGCAGAUCCGCCACGGUGCCGGCAAGAUGCUGCGGGCCCUGGCUUCGCAUGAUGCAGAGAGCCGGGCCUAUGUG